AUGAGCUUGGAGAAGUGCCAAAAUAUAACAUCUUUGAAUCUUGAUCUAAGGUGUAAUAACCUUGGUGCAGAUGGAGCUAAGAACAUUGGAAUGAGCUUGGAGAAGUGCCAAAAUAUAACAUCUUUGAAUCUCAAUCUAUGGUGUAAUGAGCUUGGUGCAGAUGGAGCUAAGAACAUUGGAAUGAGCUUGGAGAAGUGCCAAAAUAUAACAUCUUUGAAUCUCAAUCUAUGGUAAUUUAACUAACUAUCAAUUUAUUUAGUUUGUUUUAAUUAAUACAUUUGUGAAAUUGAAACUUAAAACAAAUGGGUUUGGAGAAUUAAUUGA